GCAUUUCAAUGGGAACGUGUGGUUGUGCGCAAAUACACCGUCUAUUACGGUCACGUAGCCGUUAAAGCCGCACGGACAUACCACUCACCGUCGUCACCACCAUCACCACCGGCGUGCACCGACUAAGUAAAAGUCAAGAUGGCGACCGAGGGUCAGUCUGAGUACGAGUCGAUCCUCUGUGUCAAACCUGAAGUCAACGUUUACCGAAUCCCACCGAGAGCAUCCAACCGGGCCAUCAGGUGAGGAGGGGGAGGCAGGGGCCUGACGGCUAGUUUCCUGACCCAGCAUCCGCGAGCUAGAGCCGUUGCGGGCCGUUGCCUCGGCGACCCAAACCUAUCGAGCUCAUCCCCUUAUCACGCAGCCCGGGGCAACUGCGGCCGUAGUGUUUCUGUUGUGUUUGCGGUGAUUUUACAAGGUCACUGUGGAAAAUACGCGUCUAACGGUGGCUGUUUGCACCUGCACUCCAUUAGCUCAUUAAACAGAUUGGAUUGGUUUGGAUUGACAACACCGCUAUCACUGUUAGAGGAGAUGCCAGGAGAUAAUUACAUCCAUUAAAAAGUGUGUGUGCUAUUUUUGAGGAAGCCAACUCUGACUGCAUCGACACCCUAUUUGGUCAAAAUAUCCUCAGUUUGUUUGUCAGACCGUAGUGCUUUUGGUUGUAUGGAGGGCAGCAUCCCUGAAGCUUUGAAGAAGUGUGGCUCAAGGACAUUGAAGCGGGGUUUAAUCUAUUUGAUAACUGCAAGACAUUGUUGUCUAACAUCUUUCACAUUCUUUCAAGUGACCAUUCUGGAUAAGUACAGUAGUGUUUAGGAGGGUGACAUCGAAUUGUUUACCCCAUUUUUCAUUGGCUGGUGCUUUAUUUUGACCCGUUACAGCUGCGUCUGAGUGGAUAUCACACCAGCCAAACAGUAGCAUAGGCCUAACUCUCAUGAGACUCAUGAUUGGUUAACCAGUGACCAUAUGCAUGGUGAGUAAGGGUGAUGAUGUAAUAUUUCAGCCUAAGGUCUCAGUGAAGGGCUUGACUGAUGUCUUAGUCACGUUCCUUUUACAUAUAAAAACAAAGAGCUACAGUGAAUGUCUGUGUUGAACCAAUCACAACAAUAAGAAACACUGCAUACAGCCGCGCGCUAAACACAGAUCUCCUAUCUUGUCUCCUGUCUCCUUGCCUUGUCAUCCCUCCAUCUAAAUAACACCAUCUCCCUGACUGCCUGUGUGUUUGUGUCCCAGGGCAGCUGAUUGGAAGCUAGAUGCUCCUGACUGGACAGGACGUAUGCGUGUGACUGCCCGCGGCAAAGUGGCCUACGUAAAAUUGGAAGACAAAAUCUCUGGUGAGGCAGCGGACAAAGCAGACAGACCACUGUCAUUGUUUACUGGCACUCCUGCUGUUGUAAAUCAUUUCACUGUGUAGUCUCCUGCUUGCCACCCCCCUCUCUGUUACUCAUCUAUUCCAAGGUGACCCAGCCCACGUCCAGCAGGCAUUUUAUUUUGAACCAAACAAGCUGAUAUUCUCUGUCUGUAUUUCUCAGUAUAUUUCCAGCAGAAAUUCUCACUCAAAUUAUAGCCAUUCUGAUAUAAUAUGAAUCCCAGACGUGAGGUCUUGUUGAGUAAAACAUCCAUCUGUUUUAUUUUUGGCCCAUUUAACAGAAUAGAUAAGGUUGCAAACAUGAUCCUUUUGCUCUGUCCUACAGGGGAGCUAUUUGCCCAAGCACCAGUGGAAGAGUACCCUGGCAUUGCAGUGGAAACAGUUAGUGACUCAAGCCGUUACUUUGUGCUCCGAAUCCAGGAUGACAAUGGUGGGUAAACAAUUUUGUAGCAUGAACCAUAAAUAUUUGUGGAUGUGUCAAUGAUUUAGAGGACAACACAUUGGAUAAGUCAGAGCAAACUUUCCAGAAGCACCAGUAUUCAUUUUUCUUUCAUUGCUGUGUGUAAAUGUUAUUCUAAUGAAAGUUUGAGGUUUUGUUUCCUUUUAUGUGAAACAUCUCCUGUGAAGUUGCGUGUUUUUUUCCUCUACAGGCCGCAGUGCGUUUAUUGGCAUUGGGUUUGGAGACCGAGGCGAUGCCUUUGACUUCAACGUUGCCCUUCAGGACCACUUCAAGUAUGCAUCUGCUUCAUAUUGUGUCAUAAAACAAAACAGAUCACUUAUAUACUGCCUAUACAACUGUCUGUAUCUGUUUUGCAUUUCUGUAUCAUCUCAUCCAGGUGGGUGAAACAGGAAGAUGAAUUUUCUAAGCAGGCACAGGCUCCGGAUAUCACUCCUAAACUGGACCUUGGCUUCAAAGAAGGACAGACCAUUACUCUCAAUAUUGGGGUAACCAUGUAUUCGAAUCUCGUUCAUAUUCACCACCUCCAUGUGUUUUUGAGUCUUGACAGUUGGAAAAAUAUCAAAAUAAUCUACACUGAAAGUCUUUUGAAAGCAAGAUACAGUAUGGACAGUCUUUUUAAAACAAAGGGACUUAGCUUUAUAAUGAGUUGGAAGACCCUUCCCCUUUUCUUGUGCUCACAAUAAACUGAGUUAAUUCUUACACCAAUCAGAGAGACUUUAAGCUCUCAAUGUAGAUAAGGUGCACCAUGAGCGACACAAUUUAUAGUGCUCUUUUCAGAUGUCAUCCCAUGAUGACUGGUAAAAGAGAUUAUCCUAUGCUUUAAAAAACAACUGUGUGAAUAACUUAUUAUAGUAUCCACAAAAACUGAACCAAAUAAGGCAAAAUGGAUUUGUGGCAAAGUCCAUAUUCUCACAUCUUCUUUCCAACUCCAUCAUUAUCAUCAUUCCAUGACACCAAACUAUCACACUGCCCUGACCACAGUAAACUCUAUCAUCUUGUUGUAUGUGGUGUUGCUAUACCAACUGUGGUCAGCUUACGUCACUGCAGCGGCGCAAAUAAAAAUGUAAUUAAGGAAAAGCCUUUGAAGGUAUGUCCUUCAAAGUCCUCAGGGGAAUUCCCAAGUGGGCAGUUUCUCUGAGGGAGUCCCCAAAGCUCUUUGGUCCACGAUCACAUAGUGCUGUUAAAUGUUUCUCCAUUGACCUAAUUUGUUUGAUCUCUAUAUUGCGACGUCUGUGACUUUACUGUAUGAACACCAACACCAACCCAGUCUUCUGUUUUUACUUUUCAGCAAUCAAAAAAGAAGGACAGGUCUCGUCCACAGAGUUCAGGUGGCUUUGGGCUUCUCCCACCUCCUCCCGGGGGCAAGUUAGCCCCACCUCCUUCAUCCAGAUCUACUAAUCAUAACACACAACAACAACAACCACCUGCAGGAGGAAGUGACACUGGUAGGUAUCAGUAGCAUUAUACUGUGGACCACUGAGGAGGUUAUUUGCCUGCUGUUAUCAAGGCCUCUAGUUUGUUUUCUCAUAACAGGGAGAGUCACAAUAUAGAAUGAAAAACAUCUGUUAUCGUCUAAUCACAGGUUUAGGUGAGGUUGUUGAGACAUCCAUAAAGAAUAGUCAUUAUAUGAGACUUCAUCAGUCAAAUUUUCAAAUCUUAACAAGUAAAAUUAUUCUUGUAAAAAAGAUUUUCCUGUCUGCGUGACUUUCAGUCUUAAAUGACUGUACUCCCAGACCAAUUUCAAACAAUAAGAAACACGUCAGCAAUCUUGUUUUUUUUCCUCACUUUUCAUUUUGUUUUAUUCUGCUCUUUUGACCACCAGGUUGUUUACUAGACCUGGACUCCAGCAACUCUAACUCAGCAGAUCCAUUCAACCCCACCACCACCACCACUACAGCCAGCUCUGACCUGUGGGGAGACUUUGACUCUGUAACCCCAAAGUGAGGAGAGAUGAAUUUUGUUUUUCUCCCUCCUGUUUCUCUGUAAAUUUAUGCAGCUCUUUUUGCAUCUUUGAUUUCCCCAUUAUGGGGUCCUGUAUCUCUCUCUGCCAAGCAGGGUAAUGUCCCAAACGAGGUUAAUUUUGGUUUAGUUUAGUUCCCUGUGGCUUUGUGCCUAGCCAUAUCCAUCUACACCUCACAGUUAAGUCUUAAUCAAAAUAAUUAAGAACAUUUCCAUCCGUCUGUCCUCAUUCUUCUAAGGGAGCUCUGCUCUCUUCUGUAAGUCCUCUUUAGCUCUGCUGUUUUCUUCUUUCUGUCCUUCCCUCUUUCUUCCUCUCUAAAUGUUCUAUUUGCUCAUCUUCAGUAGAAACAUGAACAUGGGGGACAUCCCAUGAGGUGUAUUUAAAUAUAUUAUCAGAUUAAUUUUAUGUACAGAGAAUAUUUAUUUUCCAUGUGUAUAUACUAGUAGGUAAAGUAGUAGGUAAAUAUAGUAUGUGGUGUUGUCACUUGUAAGUACUGUAGUUUUUCUUCUCCUAAGUCCCCAGCAGUGGGACUGACUAUAUGCACUGACUGGCAGUCUGCUCUGUCUACAUAGUUAGUAAUACAUUGAAAGCAGAGAUCACUCAAAACCUAAAUGUCGGCCAGUGUGAAGUUUACCACUGAAUGAUUUACUUGAAAAUACAAACUUUAAAACUGUGGCUCUUCUGUGGUAUAGAUGAGUAUAGCGCUCUCUGCUGGGCUAUUUUGGCACUACAGCAUUCUUCUUUGAAAGAGAUGUCUGAUCCAGCUACAGCUGUUGUUUCACUGGGUCUACGUCCUGGGCAUGAUUCUCAUCAAUUCUACAGUAGAUCAGUACUCAUUGAUGGGAAAUCAGGAAGAGGUUAGAUGCUCGAGUGUGUUACAAAAGCAUCAAGUGCUUUUAUCUUCGUCCCAGGGGGAAACUGAGAUGAUUUAGUCCAUGUUAUGUCAUCUGUACUUAGCACAGCUGUUAAAGCUGUGACUGGUGAGUCAUUCAGGUCAUGACCUCUCCUCUGCUCAAUGAAUGAGUCUGUGUUUCUCCACCAUCCUCUCAGUCUUGGGAGUAUAGAAAUCGAGAAGGAGAUGCCGGCAGUUAUCUUUUUUUGUGUUGAUAUCUUGAGAUCUCAAUUAUAUUUUUGCCAUCUUGAUAAUACAAGAUAGAUAUCUGACUUGUUAUCAUGAGUUAACCAAAUGUUCAUUACUGUAAAUUAUUUCAGAAAUCAUUGGUGCCGUGUCAGAGUGCAAUGCCUCAGCACAAAUUUAGCACCUAAUUUUAGCUGAAUUGUUGCAUCAAGAAAAAUAAAUCAGACUUUAUUCAAACCAAUUUGAGACAGAAGUAAAGUGUGUAGUUACUUCAUGCCUUGUGUUUAUCUUCAUUGUUUAAAUAGAGGACCAACCUCUCUGAAAAAAACACAACACUUCUUUGAUAACUUGAUUGUAACCAGUCUUGUUGUAACAAAAUGAACUGAAACAGGUUUAAAAACAAAUACAAGUCCAGUACCAGGCGACCAAGAAACAACCAACCAACCAACCAGGGAUCUUGAGAUACUUGCUAUGAAAAAUGACUGCCAUAAUUGAAUAUCACGAUGGCAGAGUCGGCAGCUGCAGAUUCAGAACCACAGUUUUGCAUAUACAUAUUAAUGCCAUACUUGGCUUUUUGAUAGAAGAGCUCUAGCUUUUUUUUGUGUGUUCUUUUUUAAGGUGAAUGGGCCAUAGACCUCAACAGCAGCAUGUUGUACUGUACAAAUUAGGUAUAACUGUGAACUUUGAUGCCAUGUUAAGGUGUAAUAUUAUAAGGUAAGGUAUUCUGAUUCAGACAAUUUCAACGUGAGACCAAGCUUGUCAGUGUUAGAUGGAGUGUUAUUGUGAAAUAUCCUGACAGAGACAGAUUAUGUUGCUUUGAUAUCAUAUGCACGUACUGUAUGUUAUGACAUACAAACGUGUGUGAAAUGACAGAUAUUAUUUGGAUCUGAACAGUUUUGAAAUGUUUAUCUUUUCUUUAAUUGAAAGUCGUAAAAUUGAAAAUUGUUUCGAUCGAUACUUGAUGAUUUCUGUAAUGAUUCAAGCCAAAAUGAUCCAAAUCUGCUGGUGAAAUGAAAGGGCUUGCUUUUCUUCUUCCUUCCUUUGUGAAAGUCUUUUGGUUUUCAGCUCUUGGUAAAAGAGUAUAAACAAUGGAAGACAUCACUUCUGGGCUCUCAGAAAGCCAUUUUAAAACUUUAGGGGGUAUUUUUGUAUACUGGAACAACUCAAGAACUUGUUAACCAAGUAACAAACAUUAACCAGUAAAGAAACACCUAAGAGCACAGAAGUUGUAUGAGUGUAAUAAUGUUUUUCUGUGUUUGUUUCAUGGUUGAACUUCUCUGUAUCCUUCCCAAAUGUUACUUGUUAUCCAAUCUGUAUAUGUGUAUGGAAAUGUAUAUGGAAAAUGAAUAUGCAAAGAAAAAUAUAAAGAUGACCAUAACUUGAUGACCAUAACUUUGGUUUGGUUGUUUUGCCUUUUAAAUAGAACAACAAUAAAAGAGGCUGAUAGAAGAAA